GGCAUCACAGCAGUGCGCGACAUCAAUCAAUUUUUAGUAGAUCUGUGGAGAAACCAGCAGAUGUGUGACCUCGUUCUGAAAGUCGGACGAUAUGAACUUUUGGCGCACAAACUUGCAUUGGCUGCUCAUAGUCCCCAAUUUGCUCAGCAGUGUAUUGUUGAAGCACCUACUGGUCCUUGUGAAAUUUGUCUUUCGGACACAACAGUCGAAGCCACACAAGAAGUUCUCAAAUACAUAUACACGAAGUCUAUCACCAUCACCGACGUAAAUGUGGAUCCAGUGUUAUCUUGCGUGCGUCAGAUUGGAGUCAAGGGCGCACUGGACAAAUGCCGACUGCUAGAAGACGAUAAUUUGAAUAUCGAACGGGAAUUAGACAUUUAUUUCAUAGCUACCAAUUGGCUAGAUUAUAAUAGACAGGAACGAAUUAAACACACUAAAGCUAUCUUAAAUACAGUUAGAUUUGCGCUGAUAGUACCUGACGACAUAGUGCAAUACGUGGAACCCAAUAUAAAGCACUAUUCGGAAGAAUGUGGAAUAAUGCUAACUAACGUCUUCAGUCAAGCAUGUCGUAUGGUAGAAGAAUACAAGUCAUCAACAAACAGUUGGCACCUGUUAACCAAACUUCCAGAUACUAGACAUCACCAUGGUGUUGCUACUUUAGAUGGGUUCUUUUACUUAGUAGGUGGAUAUACAGUGGACGAAGGUGGCUCAUCGGGUCCUACUAACUCAUGCUAUCGUUAUAGCUACACGGAAAAUUAUUGGUCAAGAACAUGCGACAUGGAACAUGCUAGGGCAUACCAUGGUGUAGCUGUUUUAGGGGGUGUAUUGUAUGCCUUGGGAGGUCAGGACGUUUCGGGAAGGGAUCUUGAUAGUUUAGAAUUCUACAAUCCAGAUACUGAUGCUUGGGCAGAAGCAACACCACUUACAGAAUGUAAGCGGGGUGUCGCCACUAUUGGAUACCAGGGACUUCUAUACUGUAUUGGAGGUUUCAAUGUUGCCAAAGAUAAAAAGUCGGUUUUAGCAACAGUAGAGUGUUUUGAUCCUCUGCAAAAUGUGUAA